GAAGGAUUCAAAGCUUUUGCUUCUUAUCUAUGAAAGAGGUAAUUAUAUUUCUUUGUUAAAGUAUAAAUUUUUGGCGUAAAAUCUUAAAGCAUUUAUACAAAUAAUGUAUAAAGUAGCCCCAGUAAUAAAAAUUACUACUACAACUAAUUGCUAGUGAUUAGGUUUCGUUAAUCAAUAAUGCUUUGAAGGUUAUAUAUUUGAAUAAGUCAACGUUGCUGUUGUCCAUAAGUCAUUUUUUUUCUUUAUUAGUAAGCUUUUCUUGCUUUUGGAAAAUGUAAGCUUGUGACUUAUUAUGCUCAUAUGCGCUGUCAUUUAUUCACCAUCAUAUAUAAGAACCCUUUUUUUUUUGGCUGAUUACAUAAGGAAAUAUAUCAACAUCUUUAGAAAAACUCUGUUUAAAAGUAUAACAUUAUUUACCAUCUUUUAUCAUUACGGCAUUAUUGUUGUAUGAUGUAUAACUGUAAUCUCAUCGAUAAAUAAUGAUAACAUCUUUAUGUUAAUCUUAUUCUAU